AUGGCUCCCUCCGCAGUCGAAAUGGAAGUCAAAGGCGAGACCGACACCACCGCCGUGGUCGUCCCCAACCCCCUCGACAUCAACGGCCUCGCCUCAUGGCGCAAAAAGGGAGCCGUGCCCACGGGCACCGCCGCCUUUUCGUCCAGUGACAUGUUCAAGAGCCCAGCGUGCUACACCAAGCCCAAGGCAAAACGCUGGGAUCAUAUCCUCUCCACCGAGGCCAAGUCUCGCAAGCCGUCUUCGCUGAAGGGCGCAGCCAAGUACCUCAGUCGCCCCGGGAUGAUUUCUCUGGGUGGUGGCUUGCCAUCCAGUGAGAACUUUCCUUUCGAGGAGCUAAGCAUGAAGGUGCCAAAGGCCCCCGGAUUUUCCGAAGGCGAGAUUCGUGCAUCGGGUAGAACAAUCACGGCGGGGAAGCACGAUAUUAGGGAGGGAAAGAGCUUGCUCGACUUGGAAGUUGCUCUCAACUAUGGUCAGUCAGUUGGAUUCGCGCAGAUGGUCCGCUUUGUUACUGAGCAUACCGAGAUUGUUCAUGACCCAGCAUACUCGGACUGGAAUUGUUGUUUGACAGCUGGAAGUACAAUGGCAUGGGACGCAACUCUGCGAAUCCUAUGUGAGCGAGGAAAUUAUAUCCUCGCAGAAGAAUAUGCAUUUGCUAGUGCUCUAGAGACCGCGGCCCCGCUUGGGAUCCGGGUUGCCGCUGUAAAAAUGGACGAGCAAGGCCUCCUUCCGGGAAACUUGGACGAGGUUCUCUCUAAUUGGGAUGAAAAGGAGCGCGGUGCCGCCAAACCACAUCUCUUAUACAUCGUGCCCUCAGGACAGAACCCAACCGGUGCGACACAAAGCGCCGAACGGCGCGCAGAGGUCUACAAAGUCUGCCAGAAACAUGACAUCUUUAUUGUCGAGGACGAGCCAUACUACUUUCUCCAGAUGGAGCCCUACAAGUCAGAUGUGCCUCCUCCAUCGACCCGCGAAGAAUUCCUCAAAGUCUUGCUGCCAUCUUUUUUAAAAAUUGACGUAGACGGCCGCGUACUUCGCCUGGAGUCGUUUUCGAAGGUUCUUGCCCCAGGAUCUCGCGUUGGUUGGAUUGUUGCGCCGGAGCAGAUUGCCCAACGCUUUGCUCAUCACUUUGAUACAUCGACACAGAACCCCAGUGGAUUCUCACAGAUGUGCCUAUUCAAGCUACUCGAGGAAGGAUGGGGCCACGCAGGGUAUUUAGACUGGCUGAUGCAUUUGCGUCUCGAAUACACUGCCCGCCGAGAUAUUUUGCUCGGGGCAUGCGAAAAGUAUCUUCCCCAAGAAGUCGUCAGCUGGGUCCCUCCAUCUGCCGGGAUGUUUCAAUGGUUUGAAGUCCCGUGGAAGAAUCAUCCCGGCUACGCAAAAGGACUGUCACAUGUUGAAAUCGAAGAGUCCAUUUUCACAGCUGCCGUCGACCGUGGUGCUCUACUCUGUCGUGGAAGCUGGUUCAGAGCAGAUAAGAACAUGGCAGAAGAAAAGAUGUUUUUCCGCGCCACAUUUGCCGCGGCCUCUGCUGAAAAGAUGCAAGAAGCUAUCAAAAGGUUUGGAGAAGCACUGAGAGCAGAAUUUGGCAUCUAG